AUGUCCGACACACAUGGAGAUGUCGAAUCUGUUGUUCAAAAUGUGGUAAACAGUCCUCAGUUUCGGUCGCUUGUUGCAGAUGUUAUCGAAAGCUCAAACCAUACCACAAAUUUGACACCAACCGAGGCGUCCAGUAUCUCUCAGAAUCAGAGUCAACCCAACCCAACAAAUGUAGCCGGCAACUCGGCAAUGACGGCAAGCGCUUCCAACAACCGUAGCCGAACUACUUAUACGAAUCCCAUGGUAGAAUUUAAUGCUAUUUUUCGGCGUGGGGCGUCUACUGGUCAGCAACAGCAAGGUAGCGGCACCGUUACUUCUUUUCUGCCUGGGAUAGCCCAUUAUACAGCAAGAUCUCAAAACUGUAGGACGUCACGAGGUCGCUGA